CCUAUUUUCAGAAGAGAUUUUGAUGCACAAAAUGACUCUCCUCGAAAAAAAAACCAAAACAGACGACUGACAUAGAAAUGGAUCAAGACACCAAGAAAAAUACGAGCAAGGGCGAAAAGAAAAACAUGAAAAGCAAAAAGAGCAAUCAGAACAAAAAAAACAAAACGAAGAAAGACAAGAAAAACGAUAGAAAAAGGGACGAUGUCGCGGACGCAAUCCCGAAUGUCCUUGAUGUGACUCCUAUUGUGGCUGUUGCUCCUAUUGCGGCUGUUGCGAUCCCACUUCCAGACGAUAUACACCCCGACCAGCACUACACACCGCCAGUUUCCGCCCAAUCCAACACUACGGAUCACCAAUUUCCAAAUGAGGGAAGUAUCAACCCUGUGAUCUAUCCAGUGGUGAGCGAAAUCGCCGCUGUCGCAGUCCCUCUCCCGGACGACAUCCAUCCCAACCAACACUACAUACCGCCUGUUUCCAACCAGCCCAGUGCUAUGUUUCCCAACCAGGAAGGCAGAAACCAACCAAACAUUGGUUCGCCGAUAAGUGGCAACGGAAAUGUAAAACUGAAAGACCAGGGCUACAGUUCAGGACUGAUUUAUUCAAUUGGCUUAAACAACGUGAUAUGCCCACUACGGAUAUGGGUCGUGGACAACAGCGGAUCCAUGAAGAAGAGGGAUGGUCACCGUAUUUCUGAGAAUAAAAGAACCAAGCAACCUUUUCUUCUCGAAUGCACGCGAUGGGCUGAGAUGCAGGAUACUGUGGAAUACCAUGCACGAAUGGCAGCACAACUCGAGUCCCCGACAGUUUUUCGUCUCCUGAACAAAGCUUCUACAGGCCAGCAGCAGUUUAGUAUUGGUGAAAGAGGCCAUCAAUUCAUCCAAGAAGAUCUGAAUAUCGCCUUGGAAACUAUAUGGCGUACAGUUCCCAAUGGUAAAACACCCCUGGUGGAGCAUAUAUACCAAAUCCGUUCAGUCAUCAUGCCGAUCAGAAACAGCCUCUGCCAGGAUGGACAGAAAGUGGUGGUGGUCAUUGCAACCGACGGGCUCCCAACUGACAGCUCUGGAACUAUUUGUUUAGAGCGCUUCAAGGUUGCACUCCGAUCACUGCUUCAGCUACCUAUUUUGCUUGUGAUCCGUCUCUGUACAGAUAUGAAGUCAGUGGUAAAAUUCUACCACAAGCUUGACGCUGAUCUUGAAUAUAAGCUAGAAGUUUUAGAUGAUUUUUUUGGGUGAAGCCCGCAAGGUUUAUCGUUUCAACCCUUGGCUCAAUUAUGCCCUGCCCUUGCACCGGAUGCGGGAGAUGGGCUUCCACCACAAAACCUUUGAUUUGCUGGAUACACGGCUGCUGACUAAGCAUGAGCUGUUGAACUUCUUUGUCCUUCUCUUUGGAGCUGAUCAAAUGGACGGCAUUCGGGAUCCAUGUACAGACUGGAAGGCAUUUCUAGACCAUGUCUCUGKGGUGAUCAACCAAGAGAAAUUGCAGUGGCACCCUCAUUUUGGCGCAAAAAAACCAUGGGUGAACAUUAAGAAACUUAACCAAUGCUAUGUGGACGGGAAUAUGACACAGUGGCCACAAUCCAAUUGCCGGUGUACCAUCAUGUAGUGUAAAGCUAUUCAUUCUGAACCAAUAUUUGUUAGUUUUGAAUGUUGAAAGCUCUAUUUGUUGAAUUGAUGUGCUCCAUGUUUUUGUGUUUUAUCACAAGGCCUUCUCCAGUCAUGAAGCAGAAAACAACACAAUUUCCUAUCGACACAAACCAUUUAUAAUAUUGUUUAACC